CUACAUGUACUUGGAAGCCUCUGGAUAUUACAACCUGAAAGCCCGAAUCAUCUCUCCGUACAUAACGGCCACUAACGGAGAAUACUGUGUCGACUUCUACUACCAUAUGUACGGUGACUACAUGGGCACCAUGAAUAUCGGGGUGAGGUAUGACUACAACACGUACCCCGUCUGGCAGAAAUGGGGAGAUCAGGGCAAUAUGUGGCGCCGUAUGCGGCUCACGGCAAGAGUCAGCGGCUAUGGUACUUACAAUCUGUACAUUGAGGGUGAAGUUGGGCGAAGUCAUACCAGCGACAUGGCUAUUGACAACUUGGUGGUGUACCAGGGGGCGUGCUAAAAGGAACGCCAGCACGUGGGAGAUUACAUAAUUAAUGUGUGCCACUGAUGUGUGAAAUUUUACCAUGAUAUUGUGAUUCAGAAUAUAUGUUGACAAAAAUGAACUCGGCAUUAUAUAGAUUUAAAUCAUCUGAUUAUACCACGCUCCACGAUCCCAUCGAAUAAGAUGACAAACAGUAAUUAUAGUUUGUAUCGGAGAGAACUUCGCAACAAAAUCUAGAAAACGGUCAUUAUUUGGAUUAUAUUCUAUCGUAAUUUUAAAUGUUUCCGGUAUUGAUACGCAAAUACAAUGUUAAGUCCAAGAAAAUGUAUGAAUUGUUAUCCAUUACUGAUAUGAUUUGUUUAAUAAAGAAUAUAUAUUAAAAACAACACCUCGCUCAGAGUAGCC